AUCGCACCAUUUGGGGCUAAAGCCCCUUUGUUGUAACAUCAGAUCCAAAAAGGUCUCUCCCGCCUCCUCUCAUUCUCUGCCUUCUCCUUGUGCAGGUUUCGCAGGUGCUCCGGCGCAGGGUUGUGCCGCAGGCCCCCGCCCUCCCCUCGAUCUGCUGUCCGUGACCUCCGUCUGGGGCUGUCCGUGACCUCUGCCCCUAUUUUCUCGCUGGCCUCUCACUGGCAGGGCUAAUCGGAGCCGGAGCGGCAGCGGAGGCGGUAGGCAUGGGGGACGAAGAUGGCGACCCCGACUGGCUCGUUGCGUUCAAGGCACCAAGUACUGCUACGGUGAUGCUUUCUGAUUCUUCUCCUGAAAAUAGCCCUAAAAGAUCUGCUCCCCAGGAAGAAAAGAAGGAUGCUUCAGACUCUGCAGGUAGUACAAAUGCUGCUGCACAAGGUACUUUGAGUAAACAUGAGCAAGGACCAUCCAUGGGAGGAAAGCAGGAUAAACCUCCUGAACGCUUGGUCUUCUGCUCAAAGAUUUUCCAGGAGAGGCCUACAAAGAAUUACAUUAGUUCCUUCAAACAAUCAUCUGAUGUAAAGAUUCAGCCAGCUCAUCUUGAAAGACUAACCGAAAUAAAACAAGGGUUUGGAUUUUUACAUCAAUCUGCAAAAGAUUUCAGAAACAAUGGUCAGAGUCAUCCUAACAAUAAACCAACCCAUCCACCCUAAAUACCCAUCAGCUACAGAUGCAAUAGCAUAUCAAAAACCUAAGUGGAUUUUAUAACACAUAAAUCAUAAUGUGUAUCGCGCAUUACCUACCAGGUCUGAUUACUAACACUGAAACUGAAAAAAAUACUAACCAAGACAAACAUCGUCAUUUUUACAACCUCUUGGCAUGCACACUCAGGCCAGAAAAUGAUUAAGCAAAUGUAGUGCAAAGAAACUGGGGCAAGAUUGUAGCGGCAGUUCAAGGGAUUCCCUAUUUUAUUGUUCUAUCCAAUGCUACUCUUGCAGGUAAACAAGAUCAAAGCAUUAUUGUUGACAUUAUUUUAUUGUUAUUUGGUCUCACAGAAAUUAUUGGUCUCAAAACAUGAUCAAGCAUUACUGCUAUUUGAUCUCAUAGACAUUAAUUGAGUUACCAAUAGCGGCAGUUCAUUCCACAUAAUUCUGAACACGCCUAAGAGUUAUCUUAUUGUUCUACUGAAGGAGCUUACAAUACACUAUCCAGUUAGAAGCACAAAGAGUUAUUUUAUUGUUCUACACAAUGCUACUCUUGCAGGUAAACAUGAUCAAAGCACUAUUAUUAUUUGGCCAAUUAAAUUAUGCAUAUGUAAAAGCAUUAGUUGGUAUCGGCGUUGUGGAUGCAUGAAAAUCAGAUUAAACUACCCAAGGCUUGUGUUAUUCACUUGUUGGGAGUGCAGGGGCAAGAAAAACCAAUAUUUCAGCUGCUACGUUUGAAGCCUACGUUUGAGGAUGUCAUGAAGGCCUGUUCAUUUUUUUGUUUAGAUGAGGCCUGUUCAUCUUCUAAGAAUGAACCAAAUGGUUAAAAUUGAUUCCUUUUGAAUCCUCUUCAUGUAUGUAACUAAAUUAAUAACCAAAGAAAUCAAUCGAGAAUCAUAUGAACUAAGGGACAUGUUACUGAUCAAUAGACACUGCAAAUAGGACAACAUGAACCCUGCUGUUGAAGUGCCACUUUUAGGGACUACACAUCACCAAAUAAAUGUUGUUGGCCAACAAAUAACAUAAAGUUGGAAUAAGUCCUAGUUCCGCAAUAUCUCACAAUCUCAAUUUUAAAAGGGGACUAACCAGAGUAUAGUAGCAUUAGCAGAAUUUCAGAGCCGACUUCAGUUCAAGGGAAAUUUCCUAUUUGUAGUCUUGAAAUCAGUGUCUAUGUGCCAACUAUUAGCCUCACAAAGAGAAUUUAACGCAAAUUAAGGCUCAUAUGGUAAUAAUAUAAAACAUAAAUACAUAUUUGUGAAAAAUAGGAUUAAAUUGGGGAUGGAUCCUUCAUUAAUCAUAAUAUCCCCUUCUUGUACUCCAACAAAUUAUUUGUGCUGCGAAACUGAAGCAGAUGAUUAAUAUGCAACUGUGCAUAAACAAAUUUGGUUUUAAAUCUCUCAGCUAAACCAAGGAGUAUCUAGAACAACAUUCAAAUAGGAAGCUUUAUACCUGA